ACAUACAUUAUUCCCUACGCUUUUGCUUAAUCAUGAGUUCCUCUUCCUCGACUUCCUUAUCUCCACUACAUCAAAUUUCUUUUAUCAUCUUCAUCGUGUGUUCUUCCUUGUUCUUCUUCGCCAUGUCUGAAUCAGUGAACUUCGAGUUCCCUGAUUUUGUCGCCGACCAAACUAAUAUAGUGUAUUCAGGUGAUGCCAAACCUUCAGCUGGUGGAGCCAUCGAGUUUAACAGAGUCAAUGAAAGCGUCUAUCGUGUUUCCCAUGCCACGUAUGCAGAUGCAGUACACAUAUGGGACAGCAAAUCUGGGAAGCUCUCGAAUUUCACAACUCACUUCACUUUCAUCAUCGAGACACAACCUGGGAUAACCCCUGGCCAUGGAUUGUCGUUCUUUCUUGCUCCAGUUGGCUUCCAAAUCCCACCCAACUCAGGUGCUGGUUACUUAGGCCUGUUCAACUCAAGUUACACUAACUCGUACCAAAACCAAAUAGUAUUCGUUGAGUUUGAUUCAUUCUCAAACAUCUGGGAUCCGGGAUUUCCACACGUGGGUAUAAACAAGAACUGGCUUACAUCAGCUAAUUACACUGCUUGGAAUGCUAGUUUGCACAGCGGGGAUCCUGCUGAUGCUUGGGUCUCUUACAAUGCUGAAACUCAGCUGCUGAACCUGUCUUGGCGAUAUGGGGCUGAUAACACUUCUGGAGAGAAUACGAGUCUUUCAUAUCAAGUUAACUUGAAGGAAGUUCUUCCGGAGUGGGUAACAAUUGGAUUCUCGGCUGCCACUGGUAAUGCAAUCGAGAGACAUAUCCUUCGAUACUGGAAGUUCAAUUCAAGUUUGAAUAUCGAUGAUGAAAAUGAAGAUAGGUCAAAGAAGAUGAAACUAGCAGUGGGAAUAACGAUCCCACUCAGUGUUUUACUUGUAGGAGGUAUAGUAAUCUUUUGGAGAAAAAAGAAUCAUCUUCAAAGGUCACAAGAGACUGUUGCUUUGACAUCCAUGAACGAUGAUCUUGAACGAGGAACAGGACCUAGAAGGUUUUCUUAUCAGGAUCUCAUUUUAGCUACCAACAACUUCUCUGAUGAUCAGAAGUUAGGCGAAGGAGGAUUCGGGUGUGUCUAUAAAGGCUAUUUAUCCCGUGAUGGCAUCGCAAUAGCAGUCAAGAAGAUUUCACAGGGUUCAAAACAGGGAAAGAAAGAGUACAUAACCGAAGUGAAGAUCAUCAGCAGUUUAAGGCACAGAAACUUGGUUCAACUCAUCGGUUGGUGCCAUGACCAAACACAAUUCUUGCUCGUCUACGAGUUUCUGCCAAACGGAAGCCUUGACUCUCAUCUAUUCAACAAAAGAAGUCCACUUGAAUGGACUGUGAGAUACAAGAUCGCUACAGGUUUAGCUUGUGCGUUACUCUAUCUCCAUGAAGAGUGUGAACAAUGUGUGGUGCAUCGAGAUAUCAAAGCAAGCAACAUCAUGCUUGAUUUAGGAUUCAAUGUGAAGCUUGGAGACUUCGGAUUGGCUCGGAUCAUGGACCAUGAAUUCGGUAUACAAACAACUGGCUUAGCUGGAACUCUCGGUUACAUUGCUCCUGAGUACGUGUCAACAGGGAAGGCCAGUAAAGAGUCGGAUGUGUAUAGCUUUGGGGUGGUUGCAUUAGAGAUUGCUUGUGGGCGAAAGGUGAAUGAUAGAGUUGACCAAAAUUCUGAUCUUGGAUUGGUGCAGUGGGUUUGGGAUUUACUUGGAAAGGGUCAGCUGCUUUCAGGUGUGGAUCAGAUGAUGAGAACGGAAUUUGUUGUGAAAGAAGUUGAAUGUUUGAUGAUGGUGGGGCUAUGGUGUGCACAUCCUGAUCGGAAUGUGAGGCCUUCCAUCAGGCAAGCAAUUCAGGUGCUCAAGUUUGAGUCUGCACUACCAAAUCUUCCGGUGAAGAUGCCGGUGGCCAUGUACUAUGCAGCACCGGUUGCAUCUGUAGUUAGUUUUAGUGGCGGCACGAUGACCAACAAUAGCAUGGAUCUGGUACGAUGAACCAAAAUAUAUGUACAAAACCGAAAUCGAAACAUUCUAUAUACUGUAGUAGGUUCUUAUUAUGGUGUGCUUUUUAUAUGUUGCUUGCUAUAUUAAUUAAAUCACAGAAGUUUAAUAGGUUGAUAGAUGGUAUUUUUCAUACCACUCUACCAUCUUUUUUUUUAAAGAAUCUAUUGAAAUCUACAAAA